AUGGACUUCUCCGUUUUGCCAAACAACAACCAUCCUGAUAAAUUCCUGCAACUGGAGGUGAAGUCUCUAGAGAAAAACUCUGCCUUUCUACAAGCCAGCCUGGCAAAAUUCCCAGAAGCAGCUUUACCUGGCGUGCAGCGGUGGCACAACAGGGUCUAUUUACAGAGAGAAAAGAGAAAUGUCACCGAGCUGCCGGGCUUAGGCUUAAAUAAGGUCAGUCAAGAAAUGAUAGACAAAGCCCUUGGGAAACAUAUUACACCCAUCACCCUGAAAUCGACAAUCAAAAGCAACCCCUUGUAUAGUGAUACCCAGCUGGAUGACAACUGGGAGGAGAAGAAAAAGACCCCUUCCUGGACCGUGCAAGACUACGACAGGCACUCACUGCACUCUAACUUGGCCAGCCACAUAAAGGAAAAUCCUAAUGAUCUACAGUUCUGGAUGGGGGAUAUUUAUACUCCUGGGUAUGAUACCUUGUUAAAAAAGAAAGAGAGAGAAAAAAAGCAUUCCAAAUGUUGCCGAAUCAUCCUGCUCAUGGUAAUAGCUGUUUGCAUCCUGAUUACCAUAGUCACGCUCAGCGUUUUUCUUACUUAG